AUGGCAAAAAAAGAGGCAAAGAGGAGAAGAAUAUACAAAAUACUGCUGUUUCUACCAUAUUUUGUCGGCCUUUUCUGGACCUGUCUUCAUCCGAUUGUUUCCGUUUUGACGGGAGAACUCAAAUGUCGUGGCUGGUUUCUAGAUGAAAGUGCCAUUGAAACAAGAUUUUCAACCCAACAAUCCCAGGCUACGAUACGGCUACCCGGCGGCUCCGCGACUCUUUGCGAAAUCUUGGACUCCAGCAGGAGCAACCAAUCCAGAUCCAACAUAUGGUGUUCCCCCAAUCAUGCCAAUCGUUUUGAUAUUGCAGUUCUGGUGCCACUUUCCAAUGCCAUUGAUCCAACCGAUGAAGCUAUUGUCUUGGUAGUUCCACCACCACCAGCCAAUGGCAACUGGUACAGCAGUUCAUUUCAUUACAGUCUGACGCAAACAAUGAACAAACUCGCCGAUCCAGUGGCAACUCCUUGGUUGGCAAAGACUGUCAUUUUGGUGUCACCCUCCAGCCAAACGAAGGGUUCAACUGAUCGCACAUUGUCGUUGAAAGAGACUGUGUCAGCAUUUUUAGAUGCCUACUUGGGCUCCAAAUUAUCAUCCAUGGACACAGCAGCGAUAGCACCGCUUCCUCCUCGGUAUUGCCAAGCCAUUUUGAGAAACAUGAUUGUUGUCGAUUUGCAAGACGACUCGACUACUUCCACAAGACAGGGAGCCAAGACUAUGCCUCAAACUGAUCUGAGUAUACUACCACAAGGAAGGCGUGGGGCAUUGCCCAAUCUCGAUCUGGUCACAUUGGUGGGCAAACUCUACAAAGGAGCAUCGUUUCUCAAUACUCGGGCCUACCCUUCCUCCACCUUCUUGGCACAUGGCUACACCCAAGAAUCCAAAGACAUGAAGCAACUCAUUAGCGACAAGUUUGUGCCAGUAAAGCCCAGCAAGUUUGAAACCAAGGCACAGAUUUGGGCCAACGAAAUGGUAGACCUUGGUUUGUUUGCCUACACCUUGGCGGCCGGUCCCCAUCCACCACAUUGGCCUGCCUUGGACCGUGGCAUUGACUCCUUGACGUUACAAGUAUCCUUUGAAGGGUUCCACCGAAAGGAUCCCAGUUUGGAAACGGUACAAAUCUUAGAAAAUAUCGUGAGGGCACUAUCCAAUCUGCACGAACGAUUGCACCAUUCCUUUGUCUUGUACUGGUUGCCAAGUCCAGAAAAAUUUGUCUCGCACAUGGAAUACUUCUUGCCGACUGUAUUGGUGCUCCUUCCACUGGCGACUCGAGCCUUUGGCAUGAUUCUCAUGGACGAUCUGACAGAGAUGCAUUUGACAAUGAUUGGCAGGUCCUUUCUUGUUUCAUUAUGUUCCAUGGCUGCCACGGCAUUGGCGUUACUAUUUGGUGCGUUACUAUUUGGUGGUGGUGAUGGUUCAUCUGCUACCAGUACUAGUAGUAGUAGUGGAGAGGAUGACACGAUGUGGACCAACACGUGCUUGUUGGUUCUCUAUGGUGCAGUGGCCGCCUUGUGGAGAAUGACGGCGAUUGCCAAACCAGAUCACGAUGCUACCACCAACGAGGACGAGACCACGAGAAGGAGCAAAAGUCUGCAAUUUGCGGCGUGUGCCACGGCAGCCUACCUCUUGGUACCCAUUGCCUUUUGCCAUUCGGCACUGGUGUACAUUCCCGGAAUGGUUCUGGUGCCACUUUUGGCCUUUCCAGACUACAGUCAAUUGACUACAGCCAAGCGGCUCGUUCUAAUGGGACUCUGGAUGCUGACGGCACCACCGAUAUUAAUGGUCCCACGCUUCUUUCCCCACUAUACCAUCUUUAUUCGCUUUGCCUAUGUGCCCAUGCACAUUCAAUUGCUACUGUUAAUUUUGCCAUCAUAA